AGCUAGUUUGAAAAUCGAACGCGCGAGUGACUGACGUGUGUCGUGGUCGUGGCAUCCCAAAGACAUUAUUAUUUUUUUAUGUGAAAAAAGUGGCAAAGGUUUUUAUAAUGUCAGCCUUGCUGAAAAAUGUGACUAAUUGUAUUUGGCACGCCUUUGAUUCUUUACAAAAUAAUCAGGUGGUGCAUAAGUCCAAACUAAAGGUGCUGACAGCCAACAUAGGCACUCUGCUGGACCUGUACGGAGUGGAGAAGGGUCUGGACCACUACCGCUCGUCCCAGGAGCUGACCUUCGACGAGUUCCGCUACUACCUGCAGCACGAGGUAUUCAGCUCGCUGCCCAAGACCCUCAACCUGCCAGUCGCUAGGGAGUACGAGAAAAAGAUUAGUGAGGUGUGCUGGCUGGUCUGCCGCAAGAGCCUGCUCAGCCGCGACAAGCCGAUCUUCAGCGACGACUCAGUGUUCAAGCUGUUCCGCAUAUUCUGUCUGCUCGCCGAUCUGGUGCAAGAUGCUGAUGACACCAACCAUUACGUGGUGGUACUGCAACCGUCAGAGGCAGGUUUGGUGGCAGAGCAGCUGGUCCACUGCCUGGGCUUGCGGUGGGACGCCGCAGACUGGGAGGCGUUGGGCUCUUCGAUAGGACACUUCCGAUGGGCGGCCUUCCUGGCAGUGCUUGAGGCUAAGUAUUGCGGCGACCAGCAACUGCACAUUGAAGCAUUAAUGGAAGCUGUGGAUGAAUUGUACGAUGUUUUCAUCGAGGAUAUCAUAAAAAAGGGAUAUCUCUUCAAACGCGGCUACCUCCUGCCAACCAUGCGAGAGUACUGGUGUGUGUUGCAACCAUGCGCUCUGACCUAUUACAAAAGCUCCUCACAGAAGGAACAGUGUGGUAGGAUCCCCAUAGACGAGUACUGUUCUGUAGAAGCGAUGCCGGGAGACGGGAAGAUACAACGGUUUCAAGUCAUCACCCCUGAAAGGACUUUUGAGUUUGGGACUCAAGAUCAUAAGAGUCGUCUACAAUGGCUGUCAGGUCUACGCCAGGCGGCCGCGGUGUCGGGCGGCGCGGAGGGCUACCAGAGGAGGGCGCGCGCGGGCAGGCGGGGAGCGGGCGCGCGGAGGGAGCAAGAAGUGAGGGAUGCACGCGCCAGGCUACAGCUGGAAGUGCGGGCGCGACUCGCGGCGGAGGCUCAAGCACAGGAACUAGCCGAACUAGCGCAGCAAGAUAACAAGAAAUUAGAAGAAUUAAAAUCAGCACAAACUGAGUUAGAACGACUGUUACAAGAAGAAACACAAGCGAAACGAGACGAAGAAAUUGUUAGAGCAUUACAAGCUAGAGUAUUAGCAGAAGAAUGGGAGAGGCGGGAAGAAUUGGAGAGGUUACAAGAGGAGCAGAACAAGAUGUUAGAAGAAGAAAGACUGAAACGCAAACAGUUUGAAAUGCUUCAGGCUGAAAAAGAAUCUCAAUUUAGAGAAGCUGAAAGAAGACUUAGAGAACUAGAAGAAGAAAAGCAGAGACUAGACGCAGAACUACGCGCGGCGCAGGAGAAGAUAUCACAGACAGAACACAAUGCACAUGCGCUGCACGUACAACUCAGAGAAAUGAAUCCAAAUCUCCGCAAUGGGGAAAGAGCACGUCGAGCCAUAUCCUUCGUACCUACAAGCAAGAGUUCUUCUGACACAUUGAUUGAUCUUAGGGCACUACGGCACUUGAAAACCCUCGAUGAUGAGGAAAAACUAUGAAAUUUUGAAAAUUGUAGAAAAAAAUUGAUAAAUGAAUUGUAGAGUCAAUUGAGUUACUUAAUUGGAUCCGUUUGAUAGCUCCAUAUAAGGGUCAGGCCUCUUAUAUAAGUGAAAGCAACGAUUUACACUAUUAGACAUGUUACGUGAUGGUUAGGUACGUGCUAACAGAAACACCGCGAAAAGUGUUCCGAAUUUAGCUACUCCAUUGAGCGCACAUUUAAAUAAUAUUCGUUUAAUGGGGAUGAUGACUAGGUUUGAAUAUAUUGAUUUUUAUGAUACAUUCAGGUAAAUAAGGUCAAUGUUAACUAAUUUAUACAUAAAAAGCAAAGAUUGACUGGAUAUUUGCAAAAUAAAUAAGAUUAUAAAAUUUCAAAAUCUUUUAUCGUAGUUAGAUGAAAAUUCAUACAGUUUUAGAUUCCUUACAUUAAAUGUGACAUUUUUUAAUAAAUAAACUAUAAACAUAAACGCACAAAUAACAAAGAUAUUAGUAAUUUUGUUUGACUGUCCAUAGAAAUCUAACGAUCAUUAUGCACCUGAAUCGUACAUCCGAUCCGCAGCAGCGCCGCAAAUCUGACCCUUUAAAUCCCUGUCGCUCCGAAAGUAAUGAUCGCAGAUACCCUGUUACUUUUACAAAAUUGCUUUACUAUUAGCAUACUCUUAAUUUAUAUACAAUUUAAAAAUCUGUCAUCAUUCCAACUCUCGUUGUUUGAUAAGUGGCUAAAUUAAAUUAAGACAAUUAGAUACCUUUGUUCGCCGUAUUUUCAAUGCGCUAACACAUCCAAUUGUAUUAAAUCUUUGGGCGAGAGGUUAAUAAGCUUACUACACCACGCUCGAACAAUGCGGUUUAGCGAGCAUAAUAUGGUGAUAUUAUUUACUUUUGUAACGAUUGACGACGGAUUAACGUGUUCUGCGGAGCACGUAGAUGUUUUUUUUUGUAAUUAUUUACAAGUUAGCCCUUUACUACAUUCUCACCUGAUGCUAAGUGAAGAUGCAAUUUAAGAUGGAAACGGGCUUACUUGUUAGGAGCAGGAUUAUAAUCCACACCAAUGACGUUUUCUACACGGCAUCGUACCGGAACGCUAAAUCGCUUGGCGGUACGUCUUUGCCGGUAAAACCGCCAACUUCCCAAUAACAAAUAACAAAGGGUAAAAUUUUUACUUACUAAAAAUAUUUAGAAGAAAGAAAAGAUCAAUAUUUGAUAACCCAAUCUAGAAAUCGAACCCAGGACCUCGAUAUUCGAAGCAAUAUUGCUACAUUGCUAACUACUACACCAAUUAGGCAGUCACAAAAAAUAUGGUUUAUUAAAGUUGCUUAAUACUUCAUCAUCAUCAUUAUGAUCAUCAUCAUAUCAGCCGAAGGACGUCCACUGCAGGACAUAGGCCUUUUGUAGGGACUUCCAUACAUCACGAUACUGAGCCACCUGCAUCCAGCGAAUGCCUGCGACUCGCUUGAUGUCCACCUGGUGGGGGGUCAAUUAACACUGCGCUUUCUCGUGCGGGGUUGCCAUUCCAGCACCUUGGGACCCCAACGUCCAUCGGCUCUUUGAACUAUGAGUAUACUAAUUAGUCUGUUACAUAAUUUGCGCGUGAUAAAUAAUUAUUCUUUGCUUCAGCAGCUAUAAAAUUGCAGCUAUAGGUUCUCUUUUUUAUGCUAUAUUUAUACACUGAGGUAGCAAUGGCGUACGUAGAGUCUUUAGACAGAGUAAGCACUAGUAACAGACUGUGCAAAAUGUGAAAAUCGUUAUCAAACUUGUUUGAGGUAUUUUAUUUAUUUAUUUUGUCUGUGCAUGCUAUUGCGUACUAAAGUGUGUAUCAUCCAUUGGCUGACAAAAGUCUGAAUUAUCUAUUAUAAUAAUUAGAAUGCAUAUCGAAUAAUAUCUAUCAAGUAUUUAAACUACAAUGAACCAUUUUUACAAAUAAAACCAGCUUUUGUAUACAUCAUAUUGUUAAAAUUGAUUAUAUUAAUGUAAAUAAAAUGUUUAUUAACAACUACAAA